AUGGUCAUAAUUGCUGCCGAUCAGCGUCCUGCCAAUUCUUCUCAUGAGGGUUUCCAUGACAAGAUCACAUACGGCGUGAAUGUGAUCUUGAUUCAAGGACUCGGUGACUCAGAGCCGAGCAAUCAUGCCGCUUAUGAUGUUGCGACUACCAAAAUCUCGUUUACGAAAUGGAUCAAUCAACUCACACCUAUGCUGUCACAGACCUAUCCGUGGAUGUUAGAGGAUAACGGUCAGCGCAUUGUGAUUAUGGAUAUGAAAAAGUCCGAGGCAAUGUUCUUCGAUGGCGCAAUAGCAUUAAAAAGCCAUUGUAAGCGCAAUCAAACGAUAUCACGCAAUUCUUUGGUGGCCAAGUAA